GCACGAUAAGACGACGAUAAGCUUUGAAAUUCGUCAUAGCAUCUACGACAACGAUGGAUAACGGCAAACAACACGCGAGAAACACAAAGUUCUGAAGGGCAGUGAACGUCAUUAAUGGCCGUUUAGAAAUGAUUGACUUCGAGGAUCUCCGGUUAUUCCCAGGUCUUGAGGCCAUGGUGAAUGUCUUUAUGGUCAUUGGCAUCCUGACGGCUACGAAGCUCAUUGUGAGGACAGCAUGGGAUGUGGUCGUGGGUCUGAGGGCGCAUGUGUGGUCUAAACUGUGCAAGAAGAACUUAGUGCAGACUUACGGGAAGUGGGCAAUUGUAACAGGAUGCACAGAUGGAAUUGGGAAAGCUUAUGCUUUUGAACUGGCAAAGAAUGGUAUGAACAUUAUUUUGAUAUCUCGAACUGCAGAAAAACUACAGAACGUUGCUUCAGAGAUUGGUAGAAAGUUUGGAGUCAAGACAGAAAAAGUACAAGUAGACUUCAACCUGGGUAAAGAGAUUUACUCCGUAAUUGAGAAAAGCAUUGAAGGAAAGGAGAUUGGCAUCUUAGUGAACAAUGUGGGAGUUAUAACCCCUCACCCAAUGAGUUUUGGUGAGGUGAACAACCAUAUUCUUUGGAGUCAUGUUAAUGUGAAUGUUGCAUCUCCUCUGGCAAUGACCAAGAUCAUCCUCCCUCAGAUGCUUAAGCGAAGAAAAGGGGCUAUAGUAAAUCUGGCUUCCAUAGCUGGCCGAUGUCCUAUUCCCCUCCUCCAAAUUUACUCUGCUUCAAAGGCAUUUGUAGACUACUUCUCUGAGGCUUUAGGAGUGGAGUAUAAAUGCUCAGGCAUUACAGUUCAGACCAUUACUCCCGGUUAUGUAUCAACCAAUAUGACGAGCUACUCUGAAAAGAUCUACAAGCCAAGUCUUACGGUGCCAACUGCCUCUAACUUUGCUGCACAUGCCCUGGACACUCUGGGGUAUUCCAGUUACACCACAGGUUACUGGUCUCAUGGGAUAAUGGCUUGGGUUAUAGACAACUUUGCAACGAGGUGGAUCCUGAUGAGAAUGUGUAAACUGCAUAAUGAAGACCUAUUAAGGGACAUGAACAAAACUAAGAGAGAAUAAGUGGGUGAGAAGUCAUCAUUAUAGGAAAAGAAAGCACUUAAUUACAAAUACACAGGAAAAUGAUGGCAAUUGAUUGUGGAAAUGUCAGUGAACUACUUGAAACCUAAUCUUUAAAUGUAAUGGUAAAAAAUUAGCAAGGUGUGAAAUAGGAAGAGAUGAACAGCACUUAGCUGUAAAUUCUGGAGGUGAAAUGCAAAAGUACAUGUGCAACUGCAAUUAAAAUAACUACAUCUGCAUCUUCUUUCCUUUGAGAAACAAUGCCAUGAAUUAGAUAUGCAUAAACAGCUUGUAACCUUCCAUGCAUAAUGCUUUCAGUCUUUAAAAUUAAAUAGACCAUUUUUUCAAGCAAAAAUAUUAAAUGAUAUUAAAAGUGUCUUUUCGUUUUUCCUAUUAAUUUUUGCAUUAUACUUUUGAGGAACUAAACAUCUAAUAAGAAAAAUGAAAAACAUGAGACCAUAAAAAUAGUUUUAUUAAUUCUUUUGUAAUUUGAAAUAACAUAUCAGUUUUGAUAAUGAUAUUACUGAAGAAAAAAAUAACUGGGAAAAGUUAUAUUUACAAUUCCCAAUAGGUGAUUAUAAAGAUAUGCUAAAAGGAAAAUAUGUAAGAUAAUAUUUACAAUUUCCAUGUACAUAAACAUAACAUUUUCAA